AUGAACCCUGGAAAUGAAAACUGGCACGCCUCUGCCGGAGGGCCGCAGCAUCCUGGCAUGGAUCAACUGAACCAGCAACCUCGGCCCAUGGGCCCCUUCAGAAUACCUCCCAGCAAGCCUUCGGGGCCCGUUCUUCCUCCUCCCUCAGGUCCUUACCAUGCCAACGGUCAACCUGGUGGGCACUCCCUCCCGGGCCUGGCAGAACUAAGCCAGAGCCACGGCGCUCCGCACCAACCCCAAGCUUAUGGACAACACCCUACUGGCCCUGCGCAUAGCUCCGGCCAUUCACUGCCGGGAAUUGGCCAGGCGAUCCAGCACCCCUCCCCUCAGCCUCUGAACCGCGAUCGCGAGCGCGAGUCCCGAGAGCGGGAGAUGAUUCUCGAGCAUCAGCGCCAGCGCAACGAGGAAAUGGCUCGCGGCCGUGAGCGCCGUGAGCGCGAACAAAUGGAAGGGCAGCACCUAGAUCGCCAACGUGAUCAGAACCCUGUGCAGAGCCACACCGGCUCUAUUCCCCUCCACCAGCCAGUCGCCUCCAAGAUCGCGAACUCCAUUCACGGCCCGAAUGGCCUUCUGUCAAAUCUCGGUCCGAAUCCAACUAACGGCCAGCAAAGCAAUGUGCAGUCUUCCGCUGGCCCGGCAAGUCUGUUCGGCGCGCAGAUGCCCCAGCAUGCCGAGGAUGCAGCUCGCUCGUACAUUCACCCCGGUGGACCACCUAUUAUGGGGUACACUGGAGGUCCUCAGAUUCCCGGAAAUGUCGCAGCUCUCGCGCAAGGCCAGCAGCCUAUUCUGAAUGUAAGGCGUCAACUCUUCCCGCUCACCACAUCAGGCACACACCUAACACUAUUCCAGGACGCGCUCAGCUAUCUGGAUCAAGUCAAGGUUCGAUUCAUGGACCAGCCGGAUGUAUACAACCGGUUUCUGGACAUAAUGAAGGAUUUCAAGAGUCAAGCAAUCGAUACCCCCGGCGUAAUUCAACGGGUCUCCACCUUGUUCAACGGUCAUCCGGCGCUUAUUCAAGGCUUUAACACCUUCCUUCCUCCAGGUUAUCGCAUUGAGUGUGGUACCGAGGACAAUCCAGAUGCGAUUCGCGUAACGACGCCAUCCGGCACUAACACCCUCAGCAUGCCUCGCGCACCACGGUCGUUGGAUGCGUCUGGUGAUCUGGGUCAGUCGAGUGGUCUUGCGCCGCAUGGUCGUCCCGAAUACUAUGAGCAGUCGCGAUCUAGCUGGCAGCAGUCACAACAGCAGGCCCAGCAACAGGGCCAUUCUGGAUCGUACUCCCCAGGCUCACGUAUGAUGACUCACGGUUUAUAUCAACAAGAAGGGCAAGGUCCUCAAGAACACCACUAUGGCUACCAAGGUCAAGAGCCUCAGGGUUCUGCGCCCAUCUCUCAUCAACAGGACGCCCGCGGAGUCGCUCAGCUGCAGGGCGCUGUAUCAGCUGCAUCUGGCAUGGGACGGCCAUCAUUGAUGCAAGUUUCGGGUGCUGGUCCAAACGCUGGCCUCACUCAGCCGAUGAACAGUUUGGCUGGUGUAGGUGGUAUGCUUCAAGGUGGUCAUGCUGAUUUGAAUAAGCGUGGACCAGUCGAAUUCAACCAUGCGAUCAGCUAUGUCAAUAAGAUCAAGAACCGUUUCUCAAGUCAACCUGAGAUUUACAAGCAGUUCCUUGAAAUCCUUCAAACGUACCAACGCGAAUCAAAGCCCAUCCAAGACGUUUACGCACAGGUGACUCAGCUUUUCAACACAGCACCAGACCUUUUGGAAGACUUCAAGCAAUUCCUACCUGAAUCUGCUGCUCACGCCAAGCAGCAACAGCAACAGCAACAAGCUCGUCUUGCUGAGGAGCAGAUUCCCUUAAGCAGCCUUCGAGGAGACCCCAUCGGACCUCUUUCCCAGAAACCCAACCGUGACAUGCAGAAUAUGCCUCCUCUUGGUAAUUUCAAGCAUCAGGACUCGGGCAAGGACAACAAAAAGAGACGGGGUGGACCAGGCGUUGGUGGCUCAUCUCUAUCGGGCCCCGCUGGUCUUGAUGCACUGAGAGAUGGCUCAAGAAUGCCUGAUUCCCAAGUUCGUGGCUCUAUUGGAUAUGGUCAUGCUAACAAGCGACCCAAAUUUCAGCAUGGCAAGCCUUCUGGUGCCGACUUGCCUAAUGUCUCCCCAACCUUGAUACCGGCUCUCCCCGAACCCAUUCCACCAUCUGUCAUGACUAUUCCCAGCCAAGAAGAGAUCGCUUUCUUCGACCGUGUCAAAAAGUUCAUUGCAAACCGUUCGACCUUCAAUGAGUUUUUGAAGCUGUGUAAUCUGUACACAAAUGAUUUGAUUGACCGAUUCGUCCUAGUCAAGCGCGCUGAUUCGUUUAUCGGAUCAAAUGUGGAGCUCAUGAGCUGGUUCAAGCGGUUUAUGAAUGUGGAAGAGCCAGAGGACAAGGUCAUCGAUCCCAAGCCCAUGGAAGAGCUGGAGCAGGUCAAUCUGGCGCACUGCCGGUCUCUGGGACCUAGCUAUCGUCUGCUGCCCGUGCGUGAGCGUCAGAAGCCUUGUAGUGGCCGUGACCAGCUUUGCUUUGAGGUGCUGAAUGAUGAAUGGGCCUCGCACCCUACCUGGGCAUCAGAGGACUCUGGUUUCGUCGCUCACCGGAAAAACACGUUUGAGGAUGCCUUGCACCGCAUUGAAGAGGAUCGCCAUGAUUAUGAUCAUCACAUUGAGGCUUGCACACGCACUAUCCAGCUCAUUGAGCCCAUUUGCCAGCAAUUUCUCCACAUGUCCGAAGCUGAACGAGCGAACUUCAAGUUGCCCCCUGGCCUCGGUGGUCAGAGUGAGGCUAUCUACCAGCGAGUCAUUAAGAAGGUGUACGAUCGCCAACGUGGCGAGAAGAUCAUUCGCGACAUGUUCGAGCGUCCUUGUCACGUUCUGCCAAUUGUCUUGUUCCGCCUGAAACAGAAGCUUGAGGAGUGGAAGGCCUGUCAGCGUGAGUGGGAUAAGGUCUGGCGCGAGCAGAUGCAGAGAUCAUACUGGCGUAGUCUUGAUCAUCAAGCUAUUGCUACUCGACAGUCUGACAAGAAGCUUUUCGUCGCCAAAAACAUUCAGCAUGAUAUGCAGACUGCAAUGGAAAGAUCUCAAACCUCUCGCAAGCUUGGCUUGAAAACAUCUCCUUACCAAGCUGAGAUGGUUUUGAACGACACAGAUGUCCUCUUGGACACCACACAUCUCUUGUGUAUGUACAUGGACCGCAGCACUUCUGGUUUUGGCGCCGAGCCAUCCCGCCUUAUCAACUUUGUUAAGGAUUUCAUCCCUGUUUUCUUCGGACUUGACCGCGAUAUUUUCCACGAGUACAUGGAUGAGCUUGCUCGGGCAACUACUCCUGUCGAAGAGCUUGAAGAUAACUUUGCUGCCGAAGAUGAUUCUGGUUUGGGUCGGAAACCGGAAGUGAAUCUACAGAAGCUGGCUCUCCUGCGCGAGGCUAUCCAGGCUGGAUCAGAGAAGCCCAAAGAGAAGUCGACAAACGGAGUUCACGAUCCCAAGCAGGAUACGCCUGAUAUAGUCUCGGGUGUUACUACAAAUGUUUCGGAAUCCGGAGAAAACAUCGACGUCGCACUACUCAAGUGGAUGGAACACCCUGGCCAGGGUAACUUCAACCUUGAAAGCGAGUACACUCUGAACGAGAAGUACCGGAAGACCGAGCACCACAUGUACGCCAAUCUCAACAUUCUUUGCUUUCUGCGAACGUUUGAGAUUCUGUACUCGCGUCUUCUGAAGAUUAAAAAUCUGGAACAGUCUGCACACGAGCACGUCCGCCGAGGUCUUAUGCACAAACCUGCCCACGAUCUUAACCUCAUGGACCGAUACCCGAGCGACUUCUUCUAUGAUAUCAGCCCCCAGGCAAACCUUUACAAACAAAUUGUGCGCAUGUGCGAGGAGGUCAUUCGCGGCGAUAUUGACCAGGUUCACAUGGAAGAGACUCUGCGUCGCUUCUACAUGCAGGGUGGUUAUUUGCUGUACAACUUGGAACGAAUUUUCUCCUCGAUUACCAAAUUCGUCGCCUCCAUCUUCACCGGAGACUCGCGUGACCGCAGCUCCGACAUCGCGAACCUGUUUUUUAAGGAGCGUGAGAAGGAUGAAACCACCCACCACCAGGAGAUCCAGUACCGCAAACAAGUAGAGCGACUGUGCAAGGAUGGCGAUAUCUACCGCAUCACAUAUUUCCCUUCAGACCACCGGGUCAUCGUGCAAAUGAUGAACGCCGAGGAUGCGACUCUCGACAACGAAGAACUCAGCUCCGAAGACCGUUGGUCAUACUACGUGACUGCAUACUCCAUGCGCGACCCAACUGAGGGCGUCCGCAUCUCACAAAUGCGCAUGCCAUUUCUGAAGCGCAGCCUCCCUGGCAAGUUAGACGAGGACGAAGAAUACGAGCGGUACUACCGCAGCUUGCAGCACCACGAUGGUCUUGUCAUCCGUAUUUGCGCGAACAACUACACAAUCCUCUACCAACCCUCAACCCACGACUGGUUUUGGCGCUCAUCUGCCCCAACAAUUGCCAAGGAUGCCGAUGUCGAAACCAUCAAGACCCAGGAAGAGGAACAUGCCAAGAAGAAGGUUUCUUUGCGCGAAAAGCGCCGCGACCGCUUCCGCGAGAAGUUCGUCAACAACCCCAUUUGGGCAGGUGGUAUGAGCAAGGAAAAGGUCGAUGAGUCGAAUCAGCGUCUGCGCUCUUGGUUGAACGGCGAACUUUCUGAGAAUCAGCUUGACCUCCCUCAAGAAACUGGGUUGGAGGCUAGUCCUGGGAAAACUGAGCAGGUUGAGGAAGUCGAGCAGACUGAGGAGGUCGAACAGGCUGAUACGGAAAUGGCCGAACAGGCCGACAAUGCGGAUGAUACUGAAAUGGCUGAUGUCGACGAUGAUGUUGACGUUGAUGCGGAUGUCGAUGUUGACAAUGGCGUUGCUGCUGAGGAGCAGCAGGCUGAAGAUGACAUUUCCUAG